AUGAAGGUCAUCUUUUGGAACAUUAGAGGGAUUAGAAAGAAGGCUGGCCGUCUGGCGUUGGCAUCUUUGAUUAGGAGUCACAGCCCUGAAGUGGUGUGUAUCACUGAGCUUAAAGUGGAAUUGAGCAGCUUCCCCUCUCUUUUUUUCAAUAAAUUAGGCUUUGCUGUUGAUUUGAUCCAUAACGACCGGGUGGGGUCUGCCCCUAACUUGUGGGUGGUUUGGAAGCUUGGUUUGCAGAAGCCUGGUGUGCUCUCUUCAUUGGAUCAGCUGAUUUCUCUCUCCUUGAAUUGGAAUGGCCAAGUAGUGGUUGUUUCUAUCAUUCAUGCCAGUUGCUUUCGAGCUUUGCGCAGGAACCUUUUUCUUGAGCUAACAGGUUUGAAUGUGGUUUCGGAGCCAUGGCUGGUGGUGGGUGAUUUUAACGCCACUCUUUUAUCUUCUGAGAAGUGGGGACCGGGUGCCUUCUCUAUGGGUUCGGCACUAGAGUUUGGAGUGAUGAUUGACACUUGCUCUUUGUUGCCUAUUGACUCGUCAGGCAGUAAGUUUACUUGGACCAAUAAUAGGAGAAGGGGUAGGGUGGAUUCAGUUUUGGAUAAGAGCUUGUGUAAUUCUAAGUGGUCGGAUUUUUUCCAAGCUUGCUCUGAAAGUUUUCUCCAAAGAGCAGCUUCUGAUCACUCACCGCUGCUCAUCUCUUCUGGUCAGUUGGGUCGUCCCAAUAAUGCCCCGUUUAGAUUUCAUAAAUUUUGGGUUGAAAGUCCAAAUUUUUUGAAGGAGUUUCCAAAUUUAGAUGUUGCUCUCAAAGAGGCCAAGGUGGUUCUUGAGGAUGCUCAGGAGGCGUUGCAGGUCAUUGGUGAAAAUGAUGUUUUGUUUGGGUUGGAAGUGGAUGCCAAGACUGCUUAUCUCAAUUCCCUGAAAAAUUCUGAAAAAUUGUGGCACGAAAAAACUAGAAUCAAAUGGUUGAGGGAAGGUGAUCGAAACUCAAAAUUCUUUCAUGUAUCAACAUUGAUUAAGAGAUCGAAGGUGCAUAUUCGUGCUCUUAAGGACUCUGGGGGUGCUUGGGUUUCAGACCCGGGGGAGGUUGCAAAUCUGAUCUUGAGUUUCUUCGAGAAUUUCCAUAAAGCUGUUCCCUUAGAGGAGCACUUGGACUUGCUUGAUGUCAUUCCACACCUGAUUGAAGAUAGGGACCUAGUUUUUUUGAACGCAGUGCCGGACACUAGAGAGAUUAAAUUAGCUAUGUGGGAUCUUGAUCUUGAUGGCUUGCCUGGUCUUGAUGGUUUUCAGGGUUUCUUCUUUAGGCAUUGUUGGGAUAUCAUUGAGAGGGAUGUCUACCGGGCUGUUUCCAGCUUUUUCAAAGAAGCUAUCAUUCCUAAAGGGGUAAACAACUGCUUUAUUUCCUUGAUUCCUAAGGUGGAGGAGGCAGUGUCUCUUGAGAAGUUUUGCCCUAUUUGCAUGGGGAACUUUGUCUGCAAAAUCAUUUCGAAGAUCCUUGCCUCUAAACUUGGUGUUUUGCUUCCUCGCCUGAUCUCUGAAGAACUGGGGGCCUUUCAGAAAGGGAAAGUUAUUUUUUCCAACAUCGGCUUUGCUUCAGAGUUGGCUAAUUUGAUGCACAAAUCUGUUAGAGGCUGUGGCAUUGGCGUGAAGGUAGAUAUCUCUAAAGCUUAUGAUUCCCUCUCUUGGGAUUUCCUUUUCAAAGUGUUGAAGAAGUUUGGCUUUAGUGAUUGGUUUUUAGAUGGUGAUGGGAACCUUAACACCCCUUCCUCUCCCUCUUCUAUUUGGCUGGGAGUUAGAAGACCUUGGUCUGUUGUGCAACGCCAUGAAAGGUGGAUUAUGGGUGAUGGUACCUCCAUUAACUUUUGGAAUGAUCACUGGUUUGGGAGUUCUUCGAUUGCUGAGGCCUCAGGUUUGCCAGAGGACUGGUCUAUUAACAAGAAGGCUAGAGUCUCUAACUUCAGUAAGAAUUCUUCUUGGUCUCUCCCCCCGGUCCAAUCUGAGGUUCUUAAGAAAAUUUUUGAUGAUGUCCAUAAAGUGGCCAUCCCUUCCUUCUCUGUCGCUGAUGAGUGCUGCUAG